AUGGUGGUGAGCAUUCGAUUGGCCAGACAUGGUCGCAUACACAGCCCUUUCUAUAGGGUUGUUGUUGCUGAUAGCAAAUAUCCAAGAGAUGGCAGGAACCUUGAGGUUGUAGGUUACUACAAUCCUAUUGCAGCUAAAGAUGAUGAGAAACAACUGAGUAUCAAACUUGAAAGAGUGAAGUACUGGCUUUCUGUUGGUGCUCAACCUUCAGAACGUGUGAAGAGUCUUUUAUUUCAUUCUGGUUUACCACUGAAACGUAAAGGUUACUAUCCCGAGCAGCCAGUCGAUGCCGAUGCCAAUGCCAAUGAAGCUGAUGGUAUAUCUCCAGAAGCUGUUCUUUCUAUUGGCUUACAAGUUUAA